AUGGAUGGGCAGGCGAACAUGUACCAAGUUGUUCGGAGAUCAUCGAGCAGCCAGCGGCAGCCACGCGCGAUUCACCUUCAAAUAUUCAAGAAACGCGCGCAAGCUGCAUGUGCCAACGCGCGCGCCGUUUCAGUGCCUCGCCGCCGCCGCGACUGUGCCGCGCGGCCGAGCACUGCCGCCGUCGCGGCGGCGGCACCGCGGCGGCAGCGGAUCAGCCGCGGCAUUGCUGCCCGGCGGCUGCGGACGUCGGUCCCGGCCAUGGCGACCGAGACGCCGCCGGCGGAGGAAGAGGUGACGGGGACGGGGACGUCGUCGGCUGAGGAGGAGCGGUUCGACUGGCUCGACCAUUGGUACCCGGUGGCCCCGGUCUGCGACCUUGACCCGCGCGCGCCGCACGGGAAGACGGUGCUGGGCCUCCGCAUUGUCGCUUGGUUUGACCGCACCGCCGGCGACGCCGGCGAGUGGCGCGUGCUGGACGACGUGUGCCCGCACCGCCUCGCGCCGCUCUCCGAGGGACGCGUCGACGGCAAGGGCCGCCUCCAGUGCGCCUACCAUGGCUGGUGCUUCGACGGCCGCGGCGCCUGCCAGUUCAUCCCCCAGGCCCCUGCGCUCGGCCCCCCUAUGUUGCACAAGAGCAGCAAGGCGUGCGUGGCGUCGUACCCGUGCGUGGUGCAGAACAGCAUCCUGUGGUUCUACCCGAGGUCGGAGCCGGAGCACAGCGACGUGCUGCAGCGGAAGCGGCCGCCGUACAUCCCGGAGCUCGACGACCCGUCCUUCGUCGGCGGCUACGGCGUCAGGGACCUCCCCUACGGGUACGACGUGUUGCUGGAGAACCUCAACGACCCUGCUCACGUCCCCUACGCGCACAAGGGCUUGAUGCGUAUCGGCAAGAAGGAAGAUCCAGGCAGAGUUGAGUUCGACGAGGAAGGCGGCGGCCCGAUCAGGAUGAAGAUAGAGGAGGCCAACAUCGACGGCUUCCGGUCACUGCAGGAGAAGGGCUACUUCAAGUUCGUCGCGCCGUGCACGUUCUACGGCUCGCCGUUUCGCACCGAAGCGGAGGAUGGUCAAGGCAAGAAGAAGCAGCCGCCGACGGUGAUGCUGGUGUUCUUGUCCAUCCCGGUUGCUCCGGGAAGGAGCAGGCUGAUCUGGUCUUUCCCGCGGAAUUUCGGCGUCUGGAUGGACAGGAUCAUACCACGGUGGUACUACCACAUCGGGCAGAAUACCGUCUUGGAUUCAGACAUCUACAUGCUUCACAUUGAGGAGCGUAAUUUUGCUGCAGCCGGCCUUGAUAACUGGCAGAAAGCUUGCUAUGUGCCCACAUCAUCUGACACCAUGAUCAUCGCCUUCAGAAACUGGUUCAGAAAGUACUGCAAGAAUCAAGUUGGCUGGGCAACCCAAACAGCUAAUCAGCUGCCACCAACUCCAACCAAAGAUCAGCUCAUGGAGAGGUACUGGUCGCAUGUGAUGCAGUGCACGAGCUGCAGCGCUGCACUGAAGGGGAUGAGGGCGCUGGAGGUUGCCCUGCAGGUGGCGUCGGUCGCCGUCGUCGGGUUCCUCGCCGUCGCCAAGGGGGCGCUUGUCACGUCGGUUGCCCACAGAGCCGCCGUCGUGGCUGCGGCCGUGAUGUGCUUCGCCGCCUCCCGCUGGCUCGCCGACUUCAUCGAGAAGACCUUCUAUUUCCAGGACUACGUCCAUGCUUACAAGUGAUCACCGAUCGAUAAAAACGAGGGAAAAAGAAACGGGAGAGAGAGUAAAAAUAUAAGGAAAAUUAGGUUUUUUUUAGUGAUUCGCUUCCAUAUGUAACCAUAGUACAAAGAGAUUUGUUUCGGUCCUUAAAAAAAUACCUCACGGUAUCAAAUCAUUUAUGAUUGUUAGAUCUAACCGUACACAUCGUACUUAGCAAUAUCCAAUAGUAGUUUCAUAUAUUGUUGUUUCUUAAGUUACAUGCAAGACACAAGCUGUCUAGGUAACAAUGUAUAGAAGGUUUUAUCUCCAUGAAACUCAUUUCACCUCUCUCUUUAUUAAU